CACAGUGAAAAAAAGUCAGCUGCAUUCACCUUUCUUUUUGUAAUCUGGAAACCUAAUCGGAAACCCAAUCGGAAUCUCAGAGUUUUCUCGUCGUCUGGGAAGUUCUCUUGCCAGGGCACGCCACAAUCAUGGAUCUAAUUCGUUCGUAUGCAGAUGAUGAUGAGAUGGAGAGUUCCUCUCCCGAUUCAUCUCCGGUUCCACUCCCGUCCAAAUCCGCCGCCCCGAAAGUCGACGACACCAUGCUGGCUCUCACAGUCGCCGGCGGGUCAGCCCGAGCUCUUUCCAAGCCGCUCGAUCCGGCUCAGCACUCGGUAUCCUAUAAUCCCACCUACGACCAGCUCUGGGCUCCAAUUUACGGCCCCGCGCACCCUUAUGCCAAGGACGGCCUCGCGCAGGGCUUGCGCAAUCACAAGCUAGGGUUUGUAGAAAACGCUGCUAUUGAGUCGUUCGUCUUCGAUGAGCAGUACAAUACCUUUCUGAAAUAUGGCUAUGCUUUUGACCCGGCCUCGAAUAGCUAUGUUGGAGAUAUGGAUGCUUUGCAGAAGAAUGAUGCAAUGUCGGUGUAUAAUAUACCGCAGACUGAGCUGAAGAAGAGGAAAUUGGAGAAGAAGAAUGAGAUGGCUGAGAAUGAGCAGGCAGAGGAUGAAGGGGAUACAGAUGCCACGGACGUGGAUAAUCCAUCGACCGAGGUGUGGUUGAGGAAGAACCGGAAGAGUCCUUGGUCGGGGAAGAAGGAAGGUAUGCAAACCGAGCUGACCGAGGAGCAGAAGAAGUAUGCGGAAGAGUAUGCAAAGAAGAAGGGCGAGGAGAGGGGUGAAAGGGAAAAGCCUGAGCCUUUGGUUGAGAAGAGUACAUUCCAUGGUAAGGAGGAAAAGGAUUACCAGGGUAGGUCAUGGAUUGCUCAUCCCAAGGAUGUGAAGCCUCAGAAUGAUCAUUGUUACAUUCCAAAGAGAUUGGUGCAUACUUGGAGUGGCCACACGAAAGGAGUUUCAGCUAUUAGGUUCUUCCCGAAUCACGGCCAUUUGAUUCUGUCUGCUGGGAUGGACACAAAAGUGAAGAUUUGGGAUGUUUUCAAUUCAGGCAAGUGCAUGAGGACUUACAUGGGACACUCCAAGGCUGUGAGAGAUAUUUGGUUUAGCAAUGAUGGAACUAAAUUUUUAUCUGCGAGCUAUGAUAAAAAUAUCAAGUAUUGGGAUACUGAGACAGGAAAAGUGAUAUCUACUUUCUCCACGGGGAAAAUACCUUAUGUGGUGAGGCUUAAUCCCGAUGAGGAUAAACAGAAUGUUCUUUUGGCGGGUAUGAGUGAUAAGAAGAUAGUACAGUGGGAUAUGAACACUGGACAGAUUACUCAGGAGUAUGAUCAGCAUCUAGGGGCAGUUAAUACAAUCACUUUUGUGGAUGACAAUAGAAGGUUUGUGACCUCUAGUGACGAUAAAUCUCUCCGUGUUUGGGAAUUUGGCAUUCCUGUUGUUAUAAAGUAUAUUAGUGAACCACAUAUGCAUUCAAUGCCAUCAAUUUCACCACAUCCAAAUGGGAAUUGGCUUGCAGCUCAGAGUUUGGAUAAUCAAAUUCUUAUUUAUAGCACUAGGGAGAGGUUUCAGCUGAACAAAAAGAAGAGAUUUGCUGGACAUAUUGUUGCUGGGUAUGCAUGUCAGGUUAAUUUCUCACCUGACGGGCGAUUUGUCCUGUCAGGAGAUGGGGAAGGUAGAUGCUGGUUUUGGGAUUGGAAGAGUUGCAAAGUCUUUAGAACUCUGAAGUGUCAUGAUGGCGUGUGCUUUGGUGUUGCAUGGCAUCCAUUGGAGCAAAGCAAAGUUGCUACAUGUGGCUGGGAUGGCUUGAUCAAAUACUGGGACUGAAGUAACAGUGUAUGUUCAUUUAUGAACUCAUUGACAGAAAAGAGUUCUCAAAGCUUACAUUAUGAACUUGUCAUUAUGAUUUUCCAAAGAUCUAAGUCGUGGAGCUGUAGAUAUACCUGAAAGCUUUAUGAGCUCAGAUAGAUAUAAAAAACUUGGAAGCUUCAGCCAUUGAGCGUCGCAGACGAGAUGUACCACAUAUAACAUGCUUUCAGUGGGCGUGAGACGAAAUGUACCGAAUAUAAAAUGUUUCGGUUGUUCUCUUUUAUAACAUGUUUCCCGAUUUUUGUAACUAUAGAUUUGGUUCAGUGUCACUCUGUAAUUCUCCCUCAACCAAAUCAGAUAUUUGCUCCCAUAAUAUGCUCUUUGGUCACUCCCAACUUUUCCUCUCCUGGAACAAAAACCUAUCUGUUUC